AUGUUGAACUUUGAAAUUGACAAUAAUUCUAUGUUACCACGAGAAUUUGUAUUGAAAAAUGUUGGAAGGGAUGGUGAAAACGAAAUAUUUGGAGAAUUUUUUGAGGUGGAUAGUUUUGACCAGCUUUCCUUUAGGUUUAGCAAUGCGUUAAAUGAAAUGUUAGCUCAUGAAAAUGAAGAAGAUAGUGAAAUAGAAUCAUAUGCGGGAGAAAGGAAUGAAAUAAUUCCAAAUGAUAUUGAUGGAGGACCCACUUGCAAACAAUCCAAUGUACAAUCUGUUUCGUCAAUAACACCUUGUGUAAUAAUUGAUAAUAUUCAAGGUCGAGGUAAAAAAUCAAACUGUGAUAGAUUACAUGAACAAGAUGUCACAAAAGGAAUCAAUUUUAUUGCAAAUUGGCUUAUUAAGAUUUCAUAUACAGAUGAAGAUUCAAAAAAAAAAGAAAUUUUGAAUUCUAUUGUAGAAGCUAUUCUCCCUUUUCUCCCUACACCUUUAACUAAAACUACAUCUUCAUUGACAAAAUCUGACGAAACUCUUAGCCUUUUCGUCAUACAAAUUCUUUUUCUUGAUACAUUUUCAAAAAAUAAAUUACAAGAUGUUGAUAUAGAAACAAUUAAUUGUGAAAGUUUGGGACGAAAAUUCGGAAUUAAGCUCUGGAAAUCACGUGAAGCAACAAAUGAGAAAAAAGAAUUACUGAGCUCACCAGGAUCACUUUUUGAAUAUUAUCAUGCAUUUCCGAAUUUCAUCACAGAGUUUUUUGGGGGAAUGUUAAUGGAGAUCUAUAAACGAAAACUAGCUGUUAAUAAUAGAAAAAGAAAACAACGAGGAUAA